AUGACGCAGUUUCUCUGGAGCAUUGGCAAACUAGUUAAUGACCCUUCAGCAGCUAUAUUUCAUGAAUUACGACAACGUUUAUUCAGAACAUCACAGGAAGAAAUUACUCACGCUGAAGAGGUGCCAACAUCAACUUCAGUAGUCUGCAGCAACGUGAGGUGUAUCGAACUGGCUGAUACUUCAAAUUCUCCAUUUUCCAGAAAACCCAAGCAACCAGAUUUUUCGUCUGUAAACGUUCAAGUAGGAAGUGGAAUAUUCACAAACCGUCACGCAUCAAUUCAGUGUCGAGGGACAUUUUACGGUAAACAAAACAAGUACACCAGCGUCUCGUCCACGCGUCGCUCUGAUCGUGGCACUGGCGGUAGUUUGAUGGCGGUUAAAAAGGAUGCUACUACUAGGACAAUGAAAUUAAAAAUAUGCAAACAACAUCGCGAUGUAAUUGCAGCUCUCCAACACUGGAAGUUUCGGGAAAAAAAUUAUUACGACCAACCAACAUGUAGCAAAUUUAGUCAGUUGAGGUCUUCGUUCACACAGCUGCUUAGCUCUUUGAAAGUGGAAAAAAUACAGAGUGUCCCCCAUUAUAUACCACCAGAGCAGGAAAUGAUAAGAUUAUACAAAUCCGCAAGUUUAGACCUCAACGUUGACUACGAGGUAAGGUACAGACGGAAACGUGUACCACGAAUGUCGCAAACAAAGUUAAAACCAUUGAAAAUUGACCCUAAAGUGUGA